GGACAUUUUCCGAAGGAUGUUCGCAGUAAAGAUCCUCAGGAUCGGAGCUCCUCGACGCGGUCGUCUCCGGUCGUCCCCCGGAAGCUCUGCUCGGCAGCACGCCGCGCCUUCGUUCACGGAGGACGAGCGUCCGUCGUCCGGCGUCGCGUCGUUCCGCGAGUUAUCUCGCCAGGACGGUGUCUCUGUUUUACCGUGCGAUCGUGUUUCCGAGUACUCGCAGAGAGAGCGUGCUCCUGCAAACGGUGGUGCGUGUAGCCAGUCUUUCGGUAGUCUCGGAUCUUCUGGAGGAGAUAUCGACACGAAAACAUGGUUGUCUCCGGUUGUUUACCUCGCCGCGGGCUCCAGGGAAGCUAGAGGCUGCUCGCCGAGCGGGCUGUGCGCGGAACGGCGUCGAGAAACUCGCGAAGCGUGUCCGGGGGAUCGAGGCGGAUUCGGGACUGGAGGCUGACGCUCGGCCGACACCGCGUUGGAAGCUGGGCCUGGUCGUCUUCGUCGGGCUGCGAAACGAUAGCCGGAGGAUCUCGCCGAAGAUGAGGCUCGCGGCUUCGCGCGACACGGAUACCGGCAAGGGCGGCGUGGCGGCGAGGGUGCAUUAGCGGCGGAAGGUAAUGCGCUUGGCGAGCGGAAGCGAGAACCGAGAAGCCCCGAGCGGCCCGAGCCGUGUUCGCUGUUCGGUCCCGCUUUCCCUUCGGGCCCCGGUCCCCGAGAAGGACGCGGCCGUUCGGAGGUCGCCGAGGUUCGCGAGGUCCCUCGGCCCCGCUGCGGAGAGAUCAUCGGUCCUCGACGGCGCGGGAACGCGGGCAGCGUCACCAACGAGGACGGCAGCCGACAGGGAGCGCCUCGUCCAGCACGGCGCUCUUCUAUCGCCGAUAGGAAGGAGUUAUGGUGUCUCGCACAUGCGAUGACUGCGGCGGCAGCCGUGGCACUGUGGCAUCGUGCCCACCUCUACAAGGCGAUCGUCUGCGUCGUCCUCGCUCUGAUCGCCAUCCAAUAUUUACUUAGCGGCGUGAUCGAUCGCCGAUCGAUAGAGACGAUUUUCACCAUUAACGCCACCAGGUACGCCGACCGUACCUACAGGCACCACCCGCGCGGCCUGAUCAUAUACGGGCCGGUGACGGUAUCGAGCUUGCUCGCGAGCAACAAUGUCACCGAGACGACGAUGCACUGGGCCGGCAACAGGAGCCACCCGGAUUUCUCCAAGUCGGACGCCGCUUUCCCCACCCGGAACGCGUACCCGGUGCCCAGCUCGCUGGAAUUCGGCUCGACGACGCCGAACUCGACGAACGGCACCGCGCUGCGACGGUGCCCGCUCAUUCCUCCGAAUCUCGUUGGACCUCUGUCUGUCGGCAAGUCUCCCCCGGAACUGUCGGUGAUGGAGAAGGAGUUCAGCGACGUGAAGCCCGGGGGUAGAGGGUGCCCGACGGACUGCGUCGCCAGGCACCGCGUCGCCAUCGUCAUACCGUUCCGAGACCGACCGCAACACCUCCAAGCGUUGCUGUACAAUCUCCAUCCGAUGUUGCUCCGUCAGCAGAUCGACUAUCAGAUAUUCGUGGUCGAGCAGAAAGGUAGCGAAGCCUUCAACCGCGCGAUGCUGAUGAACGUGGGCUACGUGGAGGCUUUGAAGGAGCGGACUUUCGACUGCUUCAUUUUUCACGACGUCGACCUACUUCCGGAGGACGAUAGGAAUCUGUACACCUGUCCGGAGCAGCCGAGGCACAUGUCCGUGGCGGUCGACAAGUUCAAAUACAGGCUGCCGUACGCCGAUCUGUUCGGCGGCGUGUCGGCGAUGUCCCGCGAACACUUUCGCCUGGUGAACGGGUUCAGCAACGUGUUCUGGGGCUGGGGCGGCGAGGACGACGACAUGGCGAACCGGAUAAAAGCCCGCGGCCUCCACAUCUCCCGGUACCCGGCGAACGUCGCGCGCUACAAGAUGCUCACGCACAAGAAGGAGAAGGCGAACCCCAAGAGGUACGAGUACCUGAAGACGGGCAAGAAGAGAUUCGCCACGGACGGACUGAGCAACCUGCAGUACGAGCUGGUCGACGAGCAGAAGCCGAAGCUGUACACGUGGCUCCUGGUGAAGCUGACGCCUCCGCAGCCUAGCUGAUGGCUCUCGUGGAUCGGGUAGCGGACGAGGCACGGAGAAAUCGAUGCUCCCACGACACGGUCCGCUUUCGGAUCCAAAGGAUAACGCGCGUUCGACGGGACUCGCAUCGUUCGGCCCGUCGAAACGAUCUUCCCUCUCGUUUUUCUUUGUUAAUCGAAACCGUCGCGCCCCGACUGGACGGUGCACACCGACGGGGAACACGGACGUUGGAAUAUCCCGCUCGACGCGUCGGCGGGUCGUUUCUCUCGCGGCGGGACGCGCAGCACCCGACGACCUCUCCGUCGACCCGUUGGUCGGCCGAGGACGAGGGAAACGUUGUUACGUGAUAUAUUUUUAUUCCUCGUAUUUUUUUAUCGAACGAUAGAUUAGUGAGAGAGCGAGCUAGCGAGAGAGAGAGAGAGAGAGAGAGGAUGAAUGUUCUUGCGGGUGUGCACGGCUGAGAGAGCGUGAAUAGAAUUUAGCGUACGAGCUAACGUGCCAAAGGAGAAUGCGCGCGCGUACUCGCGUGUCCGAGAUGUAACGAAAAUGGGCGCGGGACGAGCGCGUCGAGCGGACAGAGAGGAGCUCGGACAUCCUUCCUGGAAUCCGACCGUUUGAACGGUGUACACACGUUUCGCGCGUGUUCGACGGUUCAGACGCGAACAGUGCGCGGACUCUUCCGGGUGUCGUUCACCCCCUAUUCAGAACAUUUUUGUACCCGACGAGCCAGCGGUUUCCCCCGAGUUUCGUAGAAACGUGCUCAAAGACGGUCGAUGUUUCCGGCACCGCUGCGCCGCGGGCGGAGAGGAGGACGAUUUCCAUAGGUUAGGAUAAAUCGGCGGACCUUUGCGUCGGCGUUUUCGAGUCGAACGGAAGGGUGCAUAUUUUUUUAAGAUUCUUAGAAGUUUUCUCCGUCGACGGCCGACAACGGCGGCCAGCAUCGGCGUCGCGAGACGGGUUUAUCGUCCGUGUAGUUAUCGUUUGUCGAACGGCGAUCAUCCCGCGAUAGCUUAGGCGGGUGUAUAGAAUGGGAAAACGGUACUUAAGCGUAUAACGCGAUUCCGUUGAUCGUCGAGACUCCGCGUAUACUCGGGUAACCUCGUCGUUUCUAUUUUAUACGUAUUUCCUCGGGAACCGUGCGCGUUUCUCGUUGAUCGUUACUCGUUACUCGUUUACACGUUACACACACCUACACACACACACACGCGACACGUACACAUGCACACACAGAGACACAGACAGACAGACAGACACGUGGUACGACGGCGGGCCGACGCGCUGCAGGUAUCGGGGAAACCGAUUUCCGAGCGCGAACGUUCACCGCGAAGUCGCAGCUCGAAGCUGGCGACUGUCCGAACACGUACACGCAAACAUAUCACGCGUAUCGUAAAAAUCUGCGAGCGUUCGAUCGUUUGGAUUGAAUUACUUAAAUCGUUAAGGGUGAGAGGUACGGGCUGUGAAAAUGACGCGCCUUCCUUACACCGGCGCAACCGCGCGGCGCGGAGGGUGGCGGGCGUGGGGUUGAAGGGCGGGGUCGAGCGCGAGCACAAUAAGGUUAGACCAAUUUCCUAUGCACGCCGAAACGCGCGACUCAGCCGGAUUCGAAUCUUUGGGAACAGCCGAUCGAUCCCCGGCGUCGAAGCGGCGAGAGCAGCUCCGUCGACGCGAUUCGCGCGUGCCGUUGGACGUCGACCGCCCGGAUGCUCUCGAAUCCUCGAGCGUCGCGCGUCCUCCGAUUGGCUCUCGUCGCGACGACCGGAUGUUCGGCGACCGCUGCUUUCCGGAGGAGCGGCAGGUGGUGGGAACGACGCGAACCAGCGCGGUUCGGAGCGGUUUCAGUUUACUUUGCGGAUACUCUACGCUGUACUUGUUCAGACGCGUAGCGAGAUCGUUUCGCGACGUCUGCCACGCGCCUAAACGAACCGUUGUCGAAUAAUGGCCGAUGGUAUCGGUGACACGCUCGAGAGACAUUCGAGGGGGCAAUCGGAAAGCAUCGUCUCGUUCUCGGUUUGCUACGUUUCUCGAAAGUUGCCGCGACGCGGCGUCGCGCAACCGGUGGAAAGGUAGCGAAACGACAGUUAGUUUUGUUCAAUGAAAUCUUGUUUAUUUUCUCGUUUGAUCGCCGCGCCCGCCCCGAUCGGCCGGCGCGGCGCGAUUCGGUUCUCGUGCUUCCGAGCGACACGCGUUCUCGCUCGUUUGAACCUGUACGCGUCACUGUAAAUAGAAUUCUCGUCGAGGAAGACGUCGAGGCGCAGCUCGACUCGCGAGCGGAGCAGGGAGAGCAGCGAGAGUGGACCGUUUGUUCGGCGCGAACGCCCUCCAACGGGGAAACAACGAAAUUCCACCGACUUCGCGUUUCCGCGCCGGAACAGCGAAACAGAGAAUCACCGGCCUGUUAAAACGAUCCGGUCUAAGGACACUCGCAACGCGACAAGCAGGAAGCGAAACUUAGCGAAGACGUCUUCUCAGCUACGCCGGAAGAUUACAAUUUUUCACAAGCUACACUCGUGAUGUAUCGAAACAAUAAAUCUUGUUAACG